AUGGAGUCCCCAGUGAAGGGUGGUUUGCGAAAGAAAAACUUCCUAAUCAAGACAUGGGAGCGAUGCCGAUCCAUUCCUAGCUCUGCUGGCGUUUCAGAUGCGGAAGUUGAAUACGGGUAUGAUACACCCGGCCCGAUACUGCUUCCAUGUGAAGUGGAUCUUUUUUAUAGGGUGGUGGCGGAGAUGGAGACUAUGGAAAUGGAGCCCCACGGAUGCAAGUUGAGAUAUGGGUCGUGUAGUCCAUUUAAUCCAAGCCGGCGGUUGAUUAACGCCGGCGGCGAUCAGAUGGUCAAAGGUUACGGUGGUUAUGGACUUCUUACACCUUCGCGGUUGGUUAAGAUGAAUUAA